GGCGCAUUUCUUCGUUUUGUUUCCAGGCGGAGCGGACAAUUUUUCUGGCUGUUUUCUACAACUUGAAAUAUAUUAAAGUUUCAAACCAAUCAUGGCACAAGCUGGGCAGCGUUCAUCAAUACCUCAAAGUAAAGACCAUCUUUUGAAGUCGUAUAACAAAAGAUUGAAAGAUGAUGUGCGUUCUAUGCUAGAAAAUUUCACAGAAAUCAUCAAACUUGCCAAGGUUGAAGAAGUCAGUCAGGUGUCCCAACAAACACAAGGGGAGCAAGACCACAAUGAGAUGCAAGUUCGAGCUGCUAAUAUAGUCCGAGCUGGUGAAUCUCUAAUGACACUGGUAGCUGACAUCAAACAGUUUUUGAUCCUGAAUGAUUUCCCUUCUGUUAACGAAGCUAUCACCAAGCGUUCACACUAUCUAAAGGGUGUACAGACAGACAUUGACAUGAAGCUCUUGCAGCUCAGAGAUGACCUUGCGAAAGACCUCUAUGAAAUUGAGGAAGAAUAUUACUCAUCUCGGUACAAGUGAUUACUCACUGGACUGUUGUAGGUUAAUGUUGUUGAGUCCCAGGUGUCUGAUGAAGCAGGAUAUGUAAUUUUAAAUACAGUAUAUGAAGUAUAAAGCCUCAUUCACACUGAAUCCAAAUUUUCGGAUUGGAAGGCCUACCAAAAUUGGACCACGAAGAAUAGGGACGCUGGCGUUCAGCGCAUCGGAAACGCUAUCCGAAUUUUGGUCCGGAUCCGUUGUAAAUUCAGCUUUAAGCUGGACACAAACUGCACCAACAGGUAUCAGUUCCUGCGAGUCCAUGGAGAACUCAACACGACAAGGCACAUGCAGCAGAUUUUUUUAUCAACAUUCACUCGGACUUGCCAACAAUCGGCAGUUGUCCAACGCUCACAUAGAGUGGAGAUAAGUUCGGCCUAUGAAGUGUGUGCCCCGCACUAGUGCUAUAAUGCAUUUUGAUGAUUCGUUAUUCAUUCUUGUAAGAUAGAAGAGCUAUAUCAAGUACAGUAAUUCAAAUGUCUUGUGGAAGAAAUUGAUACUUAAUUUUUUUUUGUAUGAAAAGAAAAUUUAGUUGAAAGUGUUAAACAUGUAUAAUCUUAAGGUGAAAAUUACGAAAACUGUUGCAUGUUUGAUGGCUGUGAAUUCAGCAGAGGACAGAGUAAUUAUUCUUUAACAAAGUUUUUAUAAAGCAUCAUUACAAUUUAAUUGAGAAAAAAAUCAUCUGGAUCUACUAAAUAUUAGAAACAAGAUUGAUUACAAUUUAAGAUACAUCACAUACAACGUAGUUGAUCUUUUCAUCCAGCCUCAUUAAUAUUGUUUCUUAACACUGUCCAGUGUAUGGACAUGCACAUGCAUAAUGCAUGAGUCUCGCGCAUGAGCAAGCACCCACUUUUUACGUCUUAUGCCUACAUUUUAUUAUCUCACACAUCCAUAAAAAUUUUAUAAUUUACUUAAAAUUCCUAAAAACAGAGUGAAUUUGUCAUUAAAAUGUGAAUAGAGGCCAUACAAGUUUCUCUCAAUGAAAUUAUACCAACCAACAUUGGUAGCAGUUUCACCAGUACAGUUUUUUUAAAUAACAGAGUAUGAUAGUUCGGGUGAGUGCAUGUUAUUUGUCUGGAUCCUGCUAACCGUGUGUGAACAUAGCCAUAAACUAUUCUAAGACUAACCAAACUAUUAUGUGUUUUUCAAGCAUUUAACUGAUUUGUAACACAAAACCACAAUAUCCACUUCACUUUAAAUCAAUAUUUGUGUAUCGCAUAAAGCACACUGCACAAUGUACAAGUAGUUAAUAUGAAUUUCAAAUUCUAUACAUUGCAGCAAUUCAAUUCAAUUUCUUCAGUCUACUAUAAAUAAAUAUAACAGAAAUGUGCUUUGAAGCUAUGUUCCAAACAGUAAAAAACAUUAAAAUGAUAUA